AUGGCCACUGGAGAAGACGCCCCCCGAGACGGGACGGCAGCGGCAGUCUCCGGCAACGACGCGUCCGAGACUCGUCCUGUACAGCAAGACACUGCAGCUGCGCAAGUAAAAGAUGCGCUGGCCGUGCUCUUUGCUUUCAGACUCGUCAAUGCCCUUUGUGUUCGAACCUACUUUCAACCAGACGAGUAUUUUCAAGCCCUUGAACCGGCAUGGCAACUUGUGUUUGGGCCAGACAGUGGCGCUUGGAUGACCUGGGAAUGGGAAUAUCGACUACGCUCGUCACUACACCCCGGCAUCUUUGCCCUUGGAUAUGGCGCUGUUGCAAACUAUCUGUCGACGAUUUCUUUGCCUGGCCAUUAUAGGGCCUUUGCUCUGCUGGCAGCCCCAAAGGUUGUACAGGCUGGACUGGCUGCACUGACGGAUUGGUUCGCAUGGAGACUUGCUGAAAAGUUGUUUGGGCGCAAUACCGCCACGGCCUGGUCUGUGCUGCUCAUGAGUGUUGCAAAUCCAUGGCAAUGGUACUGCUCGACGCGGACUUUUUCAAAUUGUCUAGAAGCCACUCUGACUAUUGCUGCCCUUCACUACUUUCCUUGGGACUUGCUUGGUCUUGUGAAAUCUGGCAAGGAUGAAGCUCAAGCAGCAGAAGUAUUCCAGAAAUCGGGCUCCGUGAAUAGCCUUCGACUCUCUAUAGUAUUUGCUGCCUUUGCCAUUCUGCUGCGCCCUACCAAUGCUCUCAUUUGGGCUGCCAUUGGCACUCUUGCCAUGACGAGGCUGACCAUGGAUGGCGACUCGCCCUUUACUUUCAAGACGGGUUUGGUCCUGAUACGGGAAUCCCUCUUGUGUGGAUCAUUUGCUCUCGGCCUGUCCCUGCUGGCAGAUGCGCAAUAUUUUGGUGAAUGGACAUUUCCACCACUGAAUUGGCUCAACUUUAAUAUCGCGCAGUCUCUGGCAAUCUUUUAUGGCCAGAAUGAUUGGCACUACUACCUGUCCCAGGGAAUCACCUUGUCGUGUACCACGGUGAGCCCUUUUGCCGUCAUGGGAUUGCUGUCUUUUCGAGAAAACGCGACCGCCUCACUUGCAGCCAAGAAUGCCUUCAAGGCUUUGGCUUUUGCGGUUCUCAUUACCAUCUUAACGCUGUCCUUUAUCGUCCACAAAGAGGUUCGCUUCAUAUAUCCUCUGCUACCCAUACUGCACAUUCUUGCUGGCCCCUACAUUUCAUCCUUUUUCAUUGUACCGCAGGCAGAUGGUAUCCCCACGUCGCGCGGUGCAGUGGGUAUCCAACGCAAGCCACUUGUCGUGGUCGGGCUCUUGGUCAAUAUCGUGAUUGCAGCAUACCUGUCGUACUUUCAUUCUGCUGGGCCGAUACUGGUCAUGGAUCAGCUCCGUGCAGAUUUCCAGAGAAUCCACCCAAAAAACUUGACAAUGCCCAUGCCUUUUGUCUACGCCAAUGAGACUGCCGAACCACUUGAGCUCUUUGCACUCUUCCUGACACCUUGUCAUGCCACGCCAUGGCGCUCACAUCUCGUCUACCCGGCCUUGAGGGCGCGCGCUCUGACUUGCGACCCCCCACUUCAUACCGCACCUGGAUCAGCGGAAAGGGAGGCCUAUGUCCCAGAAGACCGUCGCUUUGAUGAUGACAAGGUCGGUUUCCUUGCCAACGAGCUGUGGCCUGUCAAUGGGAAAAAGCAAGAACUUCCGAGGUACAUUGUUGGAUAUGAAGGCAUCGAGCCUGCAUUGCAGGAGUAUUUUGGUGCCAAUGGACCGGGUAGCGACAAGGGUGUCGUGUUGAAGCAGACUUGGAGCGCGUGGAACGGAUUGUUUACCGAUGAUGAUAGAAAGAGCGGAGAGCUGAGGAUCUGGGAUACUGGACUCUAUAGUGAAGCCUGA